AUUCUAAGAAGAUUUUAAAAAGAUUUUGUUAGAACAUUUUAAAUAUAAUCAUUUGUAUUUCAAAUAAAAAGAUAAAGAUAUUAAAAGAUAUAAUAAUGAACUUAUGUAAAAUAUGAUAUUUUUUAGAAAUGGUCCAAACUAAAAAAAUCACACAUGAAAAAAAAUCAUGACUUAUGUUUUAAUAUAUAAGAUAUACGGAGUGAUUAACGAAUUUUGAAUAUAUCUUAGAGCAUUUUCAAUGAGAGUCUCCUAGAGAGUUUCUCAACAAUAAAAAAAAUUACAAAGAGUGAGAAGAUAUCUCACUCAUUUUACAUGUCAUUCUAUAAUUGAGUUAGCUUUUUAUUUCACUUGAAAUAAAUAAUUAAAUAGUUAAAUAAAUAUUAGUAUUAUAUAUAGAUUGAUACUCUUGAGAAUAUCUAAAAGUUGGUGAAUGUUCUUAAGCCCAAAAACUAAGCUUCAGUUAAAAAUAUAUAUUAAACUUCUAUAAAUGGAUAGCUUUUCUAGAAAGGAAUAUGUUCCAAGUCUAUUUUUCUUAUUCGAGUCUAUUCAUCACUUGUAUUCACGAAUACAUUCAGGGUUUGACUGGUGACCAUUCGGGAAUCAAGAGGAACGAAUAAAAAAGAAAUGUGUACGGGAACAAAAUAUCAGGAAUGAAAAAGAACGGUUGUUCUUUAUCAAAUUUAAUAAGGAAUAAUUUUGUUCUCAAAUUCUCUACAAAAAAUGGAAUGAAAGGGAAUGAGAGGGAAUUAUUAUUCUUUGUAAAUGGUGAUUUUUUUAUGAACGUUAAGAAAUGCAUUAUUCCUCACCGUUCCCUGGUCACCAUUCAUACCCUCAAUCUGGGAGCCAUUUACUUAUUGACAUCAACAUUUAAUUAUGAUUCAUACUAAUAUUGACUUGAAAGUUCAUGAUUUUUAAGCUAAUUAGCAAUGAAUACAAAAUCUUAUUAAAAUGCACACAUUGUUAAUUAAAAUUUACGAAGACCAGAUUUGACUAGUUCCCGAAUUCUUCGUACUAAUCCCUUUUUUUGAAAAAAAAAACUUUCGUAUUUUGUAUAUUUAUUAUAUAUAUAUUUUUUAUCAUUUGUUGCCAAAACAAGAUUUUGAAGCUAAUAUAGUACUUGUGUUUGGUAAUCAAUAUAUAGUACUUUUUCUAGCGUGUAAACUAAAUUUUGUUUUUUUUUGUCAACUAGUAAAUACAUUCAGUUUCUCAGACUCAGAAUUCAAGAGCAUUUUAAAAAAUGUAUACCAUCGGGUACGAACAUUUGCAGCCGAAGCAUGUAUGUUGUGCGUUCAGUUCAAUUACUAAAAUAAAUGGCGUGAAUGACUUUCUUUAAUUAAUUAAACUAUAGUUAACAUAACCAAAGAUAUAAUCAAUUGAUCAGACGCUAAGAAUCGUACAUUUCGGAACACUCGUAAUUAAGAUAAUUAACUACAUAAUUUAGAUGAAAAAUCAAAAUUAGUUUCAAACACAAUUUAGUGGACGGUAGAUCAACAUUCAAAGCUUAAAGAUUUUCACGUGAUAACCGGGUCCAACUAGAAAUUCAACUAUACAAAAUCUCGUUAUGGCAACAUAUAAUAAAGCAUCUUACCGAAUAAAGAUAAAACAUAAGAAAAAUAUGAUGGAGAUAGGCACUGCAAUUUUGGCACCGACGGGACUUUGACUAAACUACAAGAAAUAGAGAGAGAGACUUGGUCACGUAGGUGUUAAUUAGCAUGCAGAAAGAGAAAUAAUCGUCGUUGACCGUUGACCAAAACUUGGUCAUAUAUAUACAAAAUCUAAAACCGCCAACUAUUUCGCUAAUUCACAAGGUCCUUGCCUUCUCUGACGUAAACAACAAGCAGUACAUUAAUUAAAACGCAACCCUAUUUUUACUUCUUUUUUUAUAUGCAAGUCUCUAAGAAUCCGACCAAGCAAACAAAUCGAGAGAAGAAGAAACUCACCGAAGAUUAUACCAUGUCUAGGUCAGUGAUCAUGGCUCCGGAGUCUCCGGUUUACUUUCCAUCUCCACUUGUUUUUUCUCCGACGUCGGUCAAAACGCCGCCGUCUUCUCCUCGUUGGACACCACCGAAGAAGAUUAUGGUAGCGUGUCCUCCAAGGAAGCCUAAAGAGACGACUUCGAGUUCUGAUUCUAACACGGCUUUGAAAAGAAAGCGACCACCGAUGCUUGACCUAAAGCUGCCUCCGGCGGUUGCACCGUGGUGUAGUACGACGGCGAAGACGCCGGGAAAAGCGGAUGAGGUUAUUGAAGCGGAAGAAGAUGGAGUUUACUCCGUUUACUGCAAGAGAGGAAGACGCGGACCAAUGGAAGAUAGAUAUGUCGCGGCGGUUGAUCCUGGCGAGAGAGUUCGCAAGAAGGCUUUCUUCGGCGUUUUCGACGGUCACGGCGGAUCCAAAGCGGCGGAGUUCGCGGCGAUGAAUCUCGGCAACAACAUUGAGGCGGCGAUGGAGGCAGUGAGAUCGGGAGAAGAAGGUUACUCGGUUGAGAGAGCGAUACGAGACGGUUACAUCAAAACGGACGAGGAGUUCUUGAAAGAAGGCUCGAGGGGCGGCGCGUGUUGUGUAACCGCUCUGAUAUCGGAAGGCGAACUUGCGGUUUCAAACGCCGGAGAUUGCCGGGCGGUUAUAAGCCGCGGUGGAGUUGCGGAGGCUCUAACUACCGAUCACAUUCCUUCUCAAGCAAAAGAGUUCAAAAGGAUUGAAGCAUCGGGUGGUUAUGUUGACUGCUGCAACGGCGUGUGGAGAAUUCAAGGAACAUUAGCCGUCUCACGAGGAAUUGGAGACCGGUAUCUCAAGGAGUGGGUAAUAGCUGAACCGGAAACAAGAACAUUACGGAUUGAACCGGAAUUUGAGUUCUUGAUCUUAGCAUCUGACGGCCUCUGGGAUAAGGUAACGAACCAGGAGGCGGUUGAUGUGGUUCGGCCGUUCUGCGUAGGCGUGGAGAAUCCAAAGACACUUUCUGCUUGCAAGAAACUAGCCGAGUUAUCGUGUAAGAGAGGGUGUUUGGAUGAUAUUAGUCUAAUCAUAAUUCAGCUACAACAGUUUGUGGCAUGAUUCAUUAAUAUAGUAUUAAGUUAAACUUGAUUAAAACGAUUAAGUCUUAUGUGACAAUUUUGUUCGUUAAUUCACAUGUAAAUAUAAUUUUCAAACACAAUUAGUUGAUAUUUUCUUACUUGGUGAUAUCAAGAUUUAUGUGUCUUUAGCUUACGAUCUCUUUCCAUCUAACCCUUUUGAUUAUUGACAAUUUGUAAUGUGUUAAAUGUUCGGUGAAUUAUCAUUCCAGUCUUCUAUUGAGUACGUACGUGACACAAACGAGAGGAUCAAAUGAUGACUUUAUGCUAAUUCACAAAAAGGAAAUGCACGAUAUUUUAUACAAGAAAAAGGAUCUUACCGGAAUGUGAAAAA